AUGCCACGCGAAUUAAUUACGAUUCAGACAGGACAAUGUGGGAACCAGGUUGGACAAGAAUUUUGGUCUCAACUUUGCGCUGAACAUGGUAUCAGUAAGGAUGGUAUCUUAGAAGAUUUUGCUACGGAAGGCGGUGAUCGAAAGGACGUGUUUUUCUAUCAGGCCGACGAUGAACACUAUAUACCUAGGGCCCUAUUAUUGGAUCUCGAGCCAAGGGUUAUCAAUACCAUCUUGACUUCACCAUAUUCAAAUUUAUAUAACCCUGAGAAUAUUUAUGUGUCGAAAGAUGGUGGUGGUGCCGGUAACAUUUGGGCAUAUGGAUUUUCACAAGCUGAAAAAGUUUGUGAAGAUAUAUUUGAGAUGAUUGACCGUGAGGCUGACGGCAGUGAUUCUCUUGAGGGAUUUAUGCUUCUUCAUUCUAUUGCUGGAGGAACCGGUUCUGGAAUGGGAUCUUUUCUUUUAGAACGACUCAACGAUCGUUAUCCUAAAAAAUUGAUUCAAGCAUACUCUGUAUUUCCUAAUAAUGAAGAAGUUUCCGAUGUGGUCGUUCAACCAUAUAACUGCAUCUUGACCUUAAAAAGACUCACAAACAAUGCUGACUGUGUGGUCGUUCUGGAUAAUGCAGCUUUGAACAGGAUCGCGUGUGAUCGUCUUCACGUUCAGAAUCCUACAUUUACGCAAACGAAUCAACUGGUGUCGACUGUGAUGUCAGCAAGUACAACAACAUUACGUUAUCCAGGAUAUAUGAAUAAUGAUCUUGUUGGUAUGAUUUCUUCGCUAAUUCCUACGCCGAAAUGUCACUAUUUGAUGACAGCCUAUACGCCUUUUACAAGUGAUCAGGUAGAAAAGGCUAAGUCAAUACGUAAGACCACAGUACUUGAUGUAAUGAGACGAUUAUUGCAGCCUAAAAAUAGAAUGGUUUCAACGAAUCCAUCAAAAAAGAGUUGUUAUAUUUCUGUGUUGAAUAUUAUCCAAGGAGAAGCGGAUCCCACUGAUGUUCAUAAAUCCUUACUAAGAAUUCGUGAACGUCGGUUGGCACAAUUUAUCCCAUGGGGUCCAGCAAGUAUUCAAGUAGCUAUUACUAAAAAAUCACCAUAUAUACAGACAUCACACCGAGUGAGCGGCUUGAUGUUGGCUAAUCAUACCAGUAUCUCAUCGUUGUUAAAACGUACCUGUGACCAAUAUGACCGAUUUAGAAAACGUGGAGCUUUCUUGGAUUCAUAUAGAAAAGAAGACAUGUUUUCGGACAAUCUGGAUGAGUUUGAUGCUGCUAGAGAAAUAGUUCAAGAUUUGAUCAAAGAAUAUGAAGCAUGUGAAAGUCCAGAUUAUAUUAACUAC